AUAGCCCGAUUAUUUUUGUUUGGGCCAAACCAAACAUGCCCAAUUCAAUUCCACGAAAAUCUGCCAAAUUUGUUCUUCCGACAACCAAACCGACAAAUCCCCUUUCCCUGUUUCUCUCGUGUCUUGUCUGUUUCCGACCAUCUGAGCUUCAAUAGCUUCUUUCUUUUUGUGUUUGUAAUUAUUGAUUUAUCCAAAAAAAGAACGAUCUCUCUUUUUACAUACACAAAAUUAAAAAAUUUUAAUUUACAAUUACACAAAGUUAUUUGGAAAAUAAUGGCUUCUUCUAGUCCUCGCACUGUCGAAGAGAUCGUCCAAGACUACACCGCUCGGCGCUCCGCUCUCGUUCGCGCUCUAACUUACGAUGUUGAUGAUUUCUAUUCGCAAUGCGAUCCAGAUAAGGAGAACUUGUGUUUGUAUGGUCACCCAAAUGAGGCAUGGGAGGUAGCUUUACCGGCAGAGGAAGUCCCACCAGAGCUCCCUGAGCCAGCCUUGGGUAUUAAUUUUGCAAGAGAUGGGAUGAAUCGUAAAGACUGGCUUUCACUUGUUGCUGUGCAUAGUGAUUGUUGGUUGCUCUCCGUGGCUUUCUACUUUGGAGCUCGACUUAAUCGCAAUGAGAGGAUUCGCUUAUUUAGCAUGAUAAAUGAUCUUCCCACUGUCUUUGAAGUUGUAACCAGAAGGAAUCCUGUGAAAGACAAGCCCACGGUGGAGAGUGGAAGCAAAUCACGAAACAGCACAAAGAGGUCAAUUGAUGGACAGCCAAGAAGCAAUCGUAAGUUAGCCGAUGAAAGUUACGAGGAGGAUGAAGAAGAGCAGGGUGAUACCUUUUGUGGGACCUGUGGCGGAGGAUACAAUUCUGAUGAGUUUUGGAUCGGUUGUGAUAAUUGUGAACGGUGGUACCAUGGAAAGUGUGUGAAGAUAACCCCAGCCAAGGCAGAAAUGAUUAAGUUUUACAAAUGCCCUUCAUGCCAAAAAAAGUUAAGGCAGUAGCAGCCAAUGGAGUGACUAACCUGGUCGGUUUUAUUCACUGAUGAUGCUGUAAAGCAGCUAUAGUGAAUCCAUAAUUGUGUUGGUACUGGAAAAUCCUUAAAUUGGAUGCCAAUUACUUUAGUUCUUUAGGUACAUGAAUGACACGUAGUGACAUACAAAUGGAUGAUGCAUAUGCAUUCUGCAGAUUAAUUUAUCUGUUAAUGCCUUCUCUGUUUCCCUUACUGAAAUUUCCAUUUCCUUUCUUUCAUGUGCUUAUGUUGUUCUGUCAUGGAAUGAAAUUCACAAGUAGAUGAUCGAAGUUUCCUCUUAUCUA